AUGUCUAAGGAAAAGGGUAAUGUAAAAACAUAUAAAUUUAAUUGCUAUAAGUGUGGUAGAGUACAUGGUAUAAAUGAAUGUCCGGCUUAUAACAAAAUUUGUAACACAUGUGGUAAUAAAAAUCAUUUUGCGUUAAUGUGUAAGAAUAAAGGAAAAAAUGAAAGUAAAAAAUAUGAAAAAAGUGAAAACAAUGGAGUUAACAUUGUAGAAAAAGAAAAAGAAGUGUAUGAAUUUUUAUGCUUGGAUGAGGUUGAAAUAGGUACAAGUAACACAUGGACAGAUAAUGUAAAAAUAAAUGAAUUAAAUGUAGAAAUAAAAUUGGACACAGGAGCACAAUUAAAUGUGAUGCCAAUAAAAAUGUACAAAAAAAUUAAAUCAGUACAAUUGGAAACAAGUGAAGUUGUUAUUAAGACAUUUGGAAUGCCAAUACUUGGUUUUAAGGACUGUAAGACUUUAAAAUACAAGUUUAAUGAAGUAUGUGAAGUACAAAUAGAAAAUAAAAAAGAACGUUUUGUCAAAGAGAAUCUUGAUAUAUUCACUGGAGUUGGAAAAUUUCCAGAUAAAAUAAAAAUUAAAAUUAAAGAAAAUAGUAUACCUGUAAUAAAUCAUCCUAGGAGAAUCCCUAUAAAAUUAAUAAAAAGAUUAAAGGAAUUAAUUGAGAGGUUAUGUGUUCAAAAUAUUAUCGAAAAGUGUGAGGAGCCCAGCGAGUGGCAACAUCCUUUGGUCGUCAUAGAAAAGCCAGACAAGUCGCUAAGAAUGUGUCUGGAUCCUAGGACAUUAAAUAAGUAUAUAGUACGUGAAAUGAUACAAAUUCCUACUAUCGAUGAAGUAAGAAAUAAAUUAAUAAACAAAAAAUAUUUUACAUUAUGUGAUUUAAAGGACGGGUUUUAUCAGUGUGAGCUAGAAAGUGAAUCAAUGAAACUUUGUGCUUUCAGUACACCAUUUGGCUCAUACCAAUUUAGGAGGUUACCAUUUGGAUUAGCUAACGCACCAGAAAUAUUCCAACAAUUAACUUCAAAAUAUUUUGGAGGUAUCAAAAAUGUCUGUGUAUAUUUUGAUGAUAUACUUAUUAGUGGAGAGACACAACAGGAACAUGAUGAAACAUUAAAACAGGUAGUGAAACAGGCCAGGAAAUUAAACAUUAAGUUUAACUUGAAAAAGUUGCAGUAUGAAAAAAGUGAAGUGCGGUUUUUGGGAAUGAUAUUUAGUGAACAUGGAAUAGCUCCAGACCCUGAAAGAGUCAAGUCUGUUAUAGAAUUAAAAAUACCACAAAAUACUAAACAGCUUCAGUCAUUUCUAGGAAUGGUUAAUUACCUUCGAAUAUUUAUACCAAAUAUGUCUGAAUUAAUUGAACCACUUAGAGGAUUAUUGAGGAAAGAUGUUGUGUGGUCAUGGAGUAUAAAUUGUAACAGUGCUUUUAAUAAAUUAAAAAAUGUUCUAACUGAUCUGACAACUCUUAGUAAUUAUAAUGUGAAUGAAAAUUUUACCAUACAGUGUGAUGCAUCAGAAAAGGCGUUAGGGUGUUGUCUGCUACAAAAUAACAGACCUGUAUACUAUGCGUCAAGAUGUAUGAGCGACACAGAACAGAUGUAUGCUCAAGUAGAAAAAGAAAUGUUGGGUAUAGUGUUUGCGUGUAAAAAAUUUCACAAAUUAAUAUAUGGGCAAAGCAUAGUUGAAAUAUUCACUGAUCACCAACCACUAAUAUCAGUAAUGAAAAAAGAAAUAAACAAAAUACCCAAUAAUAGACUGAAAAGAAUGAGACUUAAACUAUUGAUAUAUAAUACAGAUGUUAAAUAUUGUCCUGGUAAACAUAUGUAUAUAGCAGAUUUGCUCAGCAGAAACUAUAUACAAAGAGUUGAGAUCACUGAAGAAAAUUUAAAUGAUGUAGUACAUGCAAUUAAUGAGGUUGAAAUACAAUUUAAAAAUGAUAGAAUAGAACAGUUUAGAAAUGAAACAAAUAAGGAUGAACAUUUAAGUAAGGUACUAAAAUAUUUAGAUACUGGUUGGCCAAACAAAAUGAUUGAAUGUGGGGAGAUAAAACAUUAUUUUAAAAUUAAAAAUGAAUUAAUUAAAGAAAGUGAAAUAAUUUACUUUGGAAACAGAAUAAUUGUUCCCAAAGUAUUAAGAAGUUAUGUAAUUAAAAAAUUGCAUGAAACACACUUAGGAAUCACAAAAACGCUAAAAAAAAGUAAACAAAUUUUUUACUGGCCAGGAAUGACCUCAGACUUAAAAAAUUUCAUUGAGAAAUGUGAAAUAUGUAGAAAGUUUAGUAUUAGUAAGAUAAAAGAGCCACUACUACAACAUAAAAUCCCUGAGUUACCAUUUCAAAAAAUUGGAAUAGACAUAGCAGAGGUAGAGCGUUCCAAUUACCUAGUGGUUAUGGACUAUUAUUCAAGGUGGCUAGAAGUUUUAAGUAUAAGAAAUAAAACUAGUGAGACAAUCAUACAAUUAUUAAAAAUAUUAUUUAGUCAGUUUGGAAUACCAGAGGAAGUGGUAUGUGAUAACAACCCUUGCGGAAGCAGAGAGUUCAAAAACUUUGCUAAGGAAUGGCAUUUUACUGUAACAAUAUCAAGCCCAAAUUACCCCCAGAACUGUUCUGAAGAGAAUAAAAUACAAAAGCUAAAACAAAAAGACUGGUACGAUAAAACUGCUACAUAUGUUGAAAAAGAAUUUAAACCAAAUGAGCAAAUUAUGUUACAAAAUAAAUUUACAAAACAAUGGUCCAAAGCUGUUGUUCUGAGUAAAACGAGUUGGCCAAGAUCUUACUUAGUGAAAGAUGAAAAGGGAAAGAUACUGAGGAGAAAUACAAUAUUUAUGAGAAAAGUGAGUGGCUAUGAAUUGGAUUUGAAUGAAAGUGAUGACGAAGUUAUAGUUAGUGAUGAUUUGGAUAAAAAAGAGGUAGAGAAAGUUGAGAAACAAGAGAGCGAGGUUGGUACAAAUAUUAAUUUUAAAACCCAUAAAGGAAGGGUAGUUAAAAAACCUAUUAGACUAGGCAUUGAUGAUUAA